AGCCAAACAUGGGUAUAUAUACUCUAAAUUUAGAUUUUUAUUUAAGAAUAUCUUGAAUCUGAAAAAAGGUCACUAACCUAGCUUUAGCAGAUAAAAUGUAAAAUCCCCAAUUUAAUUAAUAUUAAGUAAGUAUGAAAAUUAUAGUUAAUUUAUUGACAUUAUUAAUUGUAGUUGCAUAUGUAAUAAGUGUCACUGAUGAUGAAAAUUAUGAGCUUAUGGUUGAAAAUUGGGCUGAACAAUUUGGCAAUGAACUUUGGUACUUAGGUCAGAAUAUAACUAAAGCUAAUGAAAUAAAAUUGCGAUACAAAAAACUAAAUGAAACGCAUGUGUUUAGAACUAAUGCUUCUCAGCUAUUGCAAAAUAUAUCAAUGGCAAUGAACCGCAUGAUAAGAUUGAAAAUGACAGCUGUAUCUUGUCUUAUGGAUGCAGCAGAAAGGCUUUCAGAAGAAUUUGAAUGGAAAACUUCUGGAGUUGAAAACUAUACAUAUUAUAAUGCCAAAUAUUCUCCUGUAGAAGGAAUCAAUGAUGAAGAUGACCCUGCGCGUACACCUCCUGUAGUUAAAAUUGGGAAAAACUCUUAUAAUUUAAGUUUUAAAACUAUGAAAUUAACAGAAAAUCGUCAUUUUUAUGGAUUAGCUGUAAACACAAGCCACAGUACUGCUUAUUUACCUACAAUUUUGUUUGAGCGGAUUAACCAUGUACAAAUACCCUUGCAAUGGUCUGAAAAGUUAGAUGAAGUGUUUUUAAGUAAUUAUCGAGCUGAUCCUUCUUUGUCUUGGCAAUACUUUGGGAGUACAGCAGGAUUUAUGCGUCAUUACCCAGCUAAGCGGUGGUUUUCAAAGCCAAGUGUUUUUGAUACCCGUCUUCGACCUUGGUACAUACAAGCAGCAACAUGCUCCAAAGAUGUUGUUAUUUUAUUAGAUAUUUCUGGAUCAAUGUUUGGAAUGCAUUUGACUAUAGCUCAACUUGUUAUUAAAACUGUUUUAAGAACAUUUAAUAAUGAUGAUUCAUUUAAUAUAAUAUUUUUUAAUACAGGAUUUACCUAUUUGGUUCCAUGUUUUAAAAACAUACUUGUACAGGCUACUCCUGAAAAUGUUAAUACAUUUCUUAAUGCUAUAAAUGAAGAUACUAGAUUAUCUCCAACGCUUACAGCAAAUUAUAGUAUAGCAUUUAUUGAAGCAUUUGAAUUAUUAGCUAGAAACAGGGAUAAUAAGUGCAACUCUUGUGAUACAACUUUUAAUGAAACAUGUAACCAAAUGAUAAUGUUGAUCACAGAUGAUGAACCUGAUAGGGACUUAUUUGAAGUUGUCCAAAAGUAUAAUAGAAUCUUUACUGAUAAUGGUACUAAUAUACCUGUUCGCCUAUUUACUUACAUGAUGGGUCGUGACAUAACUACUACUCCGGAACUUCAAAGAUUAGCCUGUGAAAAUAGAGGUAGUUUUGCCCAUGUUCAUUCAAAAGAUGAAGUAGUUGAAAGUGUUCUUAAAUAUAUUGUAAUAUUGGCUAGACCUUUAGUACUUCAAGCAGAAAAACAUCCUGUUACAUGGUCUCAUACAUUUAUGGAUAUAUCAGCUAUUAAUGAAGAUGAUUUAUAUCAAGAGUAUAGACCAAUGACUGCAAUUUCUAUUCCAAUUUUCAACAAAAAAAGAGAUGAGUUUAAUAAGACAAGAUUUAAAGGUGAUUUGCUUGGUGUUGCUGGAACAGAUGUACCAAUUGCUGAAUUUGAAAAACUUACACUUCCCUAUAAAAUUGGUGUAAAUGGUUAUGCAUUUGUUGUUACUAGUAAUGGAUAUGUUUUAUUUCAUCCAAAACUAAGACCAGUGGAAGAUGGCAUCCUUAAAGUAAAUUACAACAGUGUUGAUUUGACUGAAUUGGAACUAUUAGAUGAUAAUAAUGAAGAACCAAGACAGCCUCACAGUGAUAUAGUUUUGCUAAGAAGAGAAAUUGUUAAUCAUAAACAUGGUUCAAUGGAAAACUUAAGCAUGAAAUUCCAUUAUGAUAACAUGAGACGAGUAGGUUCUGAAGUUCGUAAUUUUCAUUAUACAGCUUUGGAUCCAAAAAUUGAAGGUCCGUUUACACUUGGCCUAGUUUUACCAGCUUCAUAUGGUAAUAAUUGGAUCAAAGCAGGGGAUGAAAUUAAUAAGUCUAUAGAAAGUGGGGAACCCCAUGAUAAGUAUUUUCAAGAAAAAUGGAAAAUCCAUCCAAGUUGGGUAUAUUGUGAUUACUUUCACUCACAUGAGUGGAAUUUUAAAAACCCAGAAGAAAAACUUUUACAUUUUAUGGAGAAAAUUUUUUCUCCUAAUUGGGAAUGGAGAGAGCAGUAUCCCGAUUCAGAUUUUGAAAAUAUAUCUAUGGAUGUAUUUGAUAGAAGUGAAUGUAAUCGUCGUCCAAUUAAUAUCAAUGAAUCUUAUUGUGACAAAGAGUUAAUGCAACUAUUAUUUUUUGAUGCAAAAAUCACACAUGCAUUGUAUAAUUCUACAUGGAAUUCAACGGCUUUUGAAAAAAUAUAUGCAUCCUUAUAUCAAGUAAGUGUUAGAUUCUUAGCAACUCAAGGAGGGUUAAGCAGAUGGCAGCAUAGAAAUGAAUUAUUAAAUAAUGAGUUGGAGUUUGGAGAAAUUCACAAUAAAUCAGUUGAAGAAGUUUGGUAUAAACGACCAGUUCUUUAUAGGAAUCUUAAUCCACAAGCUUUUGUAUUUUCUGUUCCCUUUGAUUCAGGGAAAAAUGAAAAUUUAAAAAUUACUGCAAGUCAUGCUAUAUUUGUUGAGGAUGAAAAUAAUGAAGCUCCAGGAUCAGUUGUUGGUUAUGAAAUGUCACAUAAAGCAUUUUAUGAAAGAUUUAUGAAUAUCACUAACAAUUUGUCAACUAAUUGUACAUCUUGUUUACCGUGUUCAUCUGAACAUGUUGAUUGUUACAUUAUUGAUGAAAAUGGGUAUGUUGUUUUAUCGGAAAUUCAAAGUGAUACAGGAAAAUUUUUUGCACAAACAGUAUUCAAAAGUACUGGAGUUGUAAUGGAGACAAUGAUAACAAAGAAAAUAUUUAGAAGUAUACCAAUGUUUGAUUAUCAAGCUUCUUGUAAUGAAAAAGAAUUGAGUGCCAGUUCAUCUUCAAAUUUAUUCUCACCGUUUCACUUUAUUUUAAGCAGUAUAAAUUGGGUUUUAAUGAACAUUGUAUGGUUAUUGAUAGAAGGGAAUUUUGUACAUGUAUGGUCAAUUAAUGAAGCUUUAUCAGAUGAACCUAAACCAGUUGUCACAGAAAAAUUCAAAAAUAAAGCAUGUGACAAAAAAGCUCAUUUAUUUAUGUUGCAACAUGAGCAUUUAAGUGCAGAAGGAUUUGAUGCACCUCCUCCAGCUGGUUCUACUAUAAGUCCUUUCUUUGUAAAAAGAAUAGCUCAUUCAAACUUACUGUUGGUUGUUGUUACAAAUGCAGAGAGUAGUUUGAGCCAUUUAAGUGUUGAUCCUAUUAAAAUUGAAUAUAAUUUAUCAUUUGCAACAGAUCACAGUUGCAACAAACUCAAUAUUAAUCAUUUUUGUAGAAGAAAAUUAGGAGGAUGCUACAAUAGUCAUCCUGAGGAACCCAAUAUAAAAAUUUGUUCAGGUUGUAAAAAUUUGAAAUCAUUUAUGUGGAUAUUUAUGAUUUUUGGGACAUUCUUAAAUUUGAAAAUACAUUUUAUAUUUAUAUAAAUAUUAAAUUUAGUAUUAUACAAUAUAAUUAUUAAAUAUAAAAUAUGUUUUCUUUAUAUACAAAACCAGUUUUAAUUUACAAAGUAUUUAUAAUACUAUUAUAACUAAUAUUAAUAUCAGUCAUAUAGAGAGGACCUUGGUUUAUAGGAUUUUGUAAACUAAGGUUAAGUCUUUUUAACAUCCAAUA